UUUAUUUGUGAUUUUAGCACGGCGCUGCGAGGUCCACGUCGCUCAUUUGCUCCGUGCCCGCUCGACAGCUCCAAUUCGAAAACGACGUAAACGCCAGCCGUUCGCCAAGCGCGCGUAAUUCAAAGUUAUUAACUCGAAACACUGUUUCCCGGAAAAAGUGCACACCGUUAAAUGUGAAAUAUUCAAUCAAGUCAACUGGAAAAUAUAAAAAAAUAUUUAAAAAAAAAGUAAAGUGAACUGCAUUAUACACAGAUUGAUCAGUUUGAGUAGUGCCAGCCAUGUCGUCCAAGUUCUAUGAUGCCGCUUUGGGUCGCUCCUACGCCUGCUCGUCCCGCUUUCCUUCGGGGCACCUGCUGGCCGCCCUCUGAUCCGCCCACGCCGCCCAGUGACUGACUGAAAGGGAUCGUACCGCCCUGAACAAAAACUCCAACGCGUUACCUUUUUUUUCGUUUCCCAUCUAUUUGGCUAUAAACGUUGUGAAACUGGGAACGGCCCAGCCGAAAAUGUGCACUGAGGUGAAUUCCGCGAUGGGUCUUCAAGCAACAGCCGCUACCAAGCGGAAGCAUGAGCUGACCUUCGACAGCAAGGAUGCCAACACCACCUACACGGGCAACUGUGCCCCGCCCCCCGUCAAGGCCAACAAGUGGGCCAUCAGCAACAACAACUACCUGGAGUCGCUCGAGGAGCAGCAACAGCAGCAGCAAUCGCCAUCGGAGCCAGCUGUUGAGUCCAACAACAACCACAUUGUUUUAGAAGCAUCCAUGGAUGCGUUGAAGCCAACGGAGCCAAGUAUUAGCAAUGGUCAUGAAGUUACUACCGCCGUCGCAGCAAUGAAAAGUCAAGCGGAGGUGCCACUGCCGCCGACAGCGAGUGCGGCGAUACCGGAGGACAGUAUCGCCAGGCUAGAGGUGGUCACCUCAGCCGUUCCUUGUGAGCCCUGGACGAGCAAUGGGCCCACUGCUCCUUCCGCGGUGACAGGACCCGCUGCAUCCGCGGAACCUGUGGAUUGCAUCUCCAAGCUACAGGCCGUCGCGGUGCCCAGUGAUCCUUGGGGUAGCAUUGCCACCCGCUCCACUCUGGCCACGACUUUGCUCAGCGCCGAUGAGCUGGACGACGAUGAUGAUGAUUUUGAGGACGACUACGAGGAGGAGGAGAGCAUCAUACCCACCUACUGUCCCAUGCGCUAUCAUCCCUUUGUACCGCAUCCGCACCCUCAUCCGCACCAGCUGCCGUCCCAUCCCCACCAGCAGCAGCCGCAGCAGCUCUCCCAACAACAACCACAUCCCCAGCAGCAGCAACUCGCCCAGCAGCAGCAACAACAUCCGCAGCAGCAGCGAAGCUAUGCCCCCGGAUAUGGGAGCAGGCAACCCAACUACUACUCGGAGCCUUUCCCGCAGCAGAAUUGCUCGCGGACGGGAGGACCGCAGCACAUGACGCAAUCACCGCCGACACCGCAGCAGGCGCGUGGUUUCGCUCCACCCCAGUGGGCGACAGCGGGUAGCAGUCCGGCCAAUCCCUCAUCGGGACCCCAGCAGUUCUACGAGCCGACCAACGGUGGAGCUUAUGCCCCGCCAGCGGCGCCACAGCAGACUAUUCGUUGUGCAGAGAACGGCAAAUCCUAUCUGGACCUGGGCUGCAGCAGUGGCGCAUCCGGAAACGCUGGAGGAUCGCCCAUCAGUCCGCCGCCCUCAUCAGCGCCCGUUGUUCCGUUCGCCGGCUUGCCUCUUCAUGGCCUGCCCCUUAAACGGUGCUGUGAUGGACGACCCGGUGGCUGGUGCAGUGCCAACAGGAGUUGCUACAAGGACACGCGCCUGAAGAUACGCAAUCUGUCCAUGUUCAAACUCUCCCGUUUCCGGCAGGUUUCCGAGCAGUCGCUGUACCGCUCGGUGCUCAUUUGCAAUACGCUGAAGCGCAUUGAUCGUGAGAUCGAAGCAGAGGCCAAGGAGCUGCACCAGGCGGCGCAACAGCACCACCAACAGGCGGCAGCAGCUGCAGCCGCAGCAGCAGCAGCGGCGGCACAAGCGGCUCAGUACCACCCUGCCUACCAACAGCAGCAGCAGCAAUCCCCGCCAGCACCUCUGCAUCCGCAUCCGCAGCAGCAGAUGGACUAUGCGCCCGUGUUGAACUGUGCCCGUUUGGCCAACAUGGAUCACUACCAGCAACUAAGUUUCCAGCCCCAACACCAGCAGCAACAGCAGCCUUCGCAACCGCAUGGCUACCACGAGCGUUUGGACAGCCAACCCGCCUAUAGGGGCGUGGCAGCGGGUGCGGGCAGCUUCGCCACGCAGCCGAGCAACUGUGAUACAUCAGCGGGUGCAAGUAGCAGCAAUACCAGCGGCAACAGCAACAAUUCCUCAGCGACGGCGGUGAGCAGCAACAGUAGUUUGCACCCCUACGAUCACUAUCCCUUUCGGGAGUCGCAAUCUGGUCGAGCAACUCCCUUUCCGGCCUGCCCCACCACAACAGCAGCAGCGGCAGCAGCUUCGGCAGCAGCAGCAGCUUCUAGUGGAGGAGCAGCAACAACACUGAGCAGCAACAUCAGCAGUUCCCCCGCAUCAAGCAGCACUAGCAGCAACACCACUUCCUCAACGGUGAUGAGCAGCAGUAGUGGGAAUACUGUGAGCAGCAACGGCACCACGCCAGUUGCAGCUACCGCAAGCAGCAGCAACUGCGAUACUAGCGAUUCGGGUUAUGCGGACGACGACUCCACGCGAUCCAUCAACUGGAGUUCGGUGCUGAGCCUCAGUUCGCAAUCGGCGCUGGAUCCGCUCAACAACAACGAUUUGUUUAGCAUACUUCCGUCGGCGGCCACACCUACAGCGGUGCCAGUUUCAGUACCAGCCAGCAGUUCCAGUUCCUCCUCGGGGUCCACGCUGGCAUUCAGUGGGAGCUUCACCACCGUCCAAGCGAGUGGCGGCAGUAGCAGUUCCUGCGGAAGCAGCUCCACCACCGCCACAUUCACCACCCUGUCCACCAUCUCCUCGGCCACCCACUCGCUGACCUCGUCUUAUGUAAGCAGCAUUAGCUCCAAUGUGUCGGCGGGCGCCAAUACCUGGGAGUACGGAUUCCUGGACAUGGAAUUCGGACUGGGGUCGGAGUUCACGGAGCUGGUACCCAGCUGUAAGCUCAGCUCCGAGGAUCUGUUCAAGAGCGGAUUGGGCGGUCAGGUUGUGACAGCCUCGCGCCUGCAUGACAACGAACUGGAGCACCCGGCCCACAUCAUGGUCGGCAGUUAGUAUCAGUUGUAGACGAUGACGGCGACGGAUCCCCAGCGGAUGGCGGCGUGCUGGUCGCGUCGCCUGCUGGCGCCCACUAGCAAUUCCAAGCAGUAUUGAAUCGACGAAAUGGGGGAGGGGCUGAGGGGAUCUUAAAUGCUAAUUGUGCUCAGGUUGUGAACGUGCAUGAGAAUAUAAAUGUAUAUUCAUGGUCCUAAAUACCCCUCUCCCUUCCUUCACACAAGCAAUCGGGGACACAAAUUAAUUGCAAUCUUUAAUGAAAUUCUUAAGAGAAAUCGAAGAAAUGGCAGAACAAUGAAUAUGACAAAUGAGCAAGCAAAACUAUUAGCAAAUUUUUCUAAGUGUAAAUAUUGUUAGUCUUAAGGCAAAACAGCGAACUCCUAGCCAAGUAAGUUUGAAACGGAAGCGAAACAAAAUUCUAUAUUAGCGUAACUUUAGCAUUGUUAGUUGCAAUUGUUGCAGUUUUUCGAUUCAACACCACACAAGAACAACAAUAGCAUCAAAUCGAACAACAAAAGGCCGUUGGAAAUUUUUCAAAGCCCAAAUCAAUUAACAAAAUUUAUGUUUUGGUGGCCUACAGACGAUGCAGCAUUUGGCUUGCAAGGCGAAAUUGAUGAAAAAUCGAAAAACGUUUACUAUAUUACUAGCCAUAAGUAUUAUUAUUUAUAUACAAAACCGCAGAAAACAACAAACAAAAGAACAACUUAAAACAAAGUUUUAUAAAAGAAAAAACAACCGAAAAAAAUCACAAAAAUAACAAA